GUCCCAAAUUCAUCUUCUCCCUGUGAUCCAGGGUCCCCUGCAUCUCUGGGGAACUUCCAGGAACUUCAGGGUUAUCACACCCAGCCUCAGGUCCCAGGUGCAGCCAAUCAGAGUGACCGUGGCUGGGGGGAGCCCCAGAGCGCCUGGCCAGGAGUCAGCGAGGUGGAGGGGCCCUUGCUGCCGCCAGGGAAGCAGGUCCUCGGGGUGGGGUCCUUGGCACUGAGCUAACCGGUGUGACGCAGGAACCUCCUCUGGUCCCCUGAGGAGCUCCAUGGCCUUUUCGGAACUCCUGGACCAAGUGGGCAGCCUGGGCUGGUUCCAGGGUCUCCAGACAGUGGCCUUGGUGGUCCCCAUCAUGUGGCUCAACACUCACAACUUGGUGGACAACUUCUCGGGCGCUGUGCCCAGCCACCGCUGCUGGGUGCCCCUCCUGGACAACAGCACUGCCCAGGCCAGUGGCCCCGAGGCCCUGGGCCCUGAGGCCCUCCUGGCUGUGUCCAUCCCACUGGGGCCCAACCACGGGCCCCACCAGUGUCGCCGCUUCCGCCACCCUCAGUGGCAGCUCCUGGACCCCAACGCCACAGCCACCAACUGGAGCGAGGCAGCCACAGAGCCCUGCGUGGACGGCUGGGUCUACGACCGCAGCACCUUCACCUCCACCAUUGUGGCCGAGUGGGACCUGGUGUGUGACUCCCAGGUCCUGAAGACCAUGUCCCAGUCCAUCUUCCUGGCCGGGGUCCUGGUGGGAGCCGCCAUCUUUGGCAGAGUCUCUGAUAGGUAUGGGCGCAGGCUGGUGCUGACCUGGAACUACCUGCUCAUGGCCGUGUGGGGCACAGCAGCAGCCUUUGCCCCAACCUUCUCCAUGUACUGCCUGUUCCGCUUCCUGGUGGCCAUGGGCUCUGCAGGCGUUAUGAACAACACUGCCAUUCUCAUGAUGGAGUGGAUGUCUGAGCAAGCACGAACCUUGGCGAUGACUUUCAACGCCCUGGGCUACAGCUUGGGGAUGGUGCUGUUGGCCGCGAUGGCCUAUGGUCUGCGCGACUGGACGCUGCUGCAGCUGGCCCUCUCUGUCCCCUUCUUCCUCUUCUUUGUGUACUCCUGGUGGCUGGCAGAGUCAGCAAGAUGGCUCCUCAUCACAGGCAGGCUGGAGAAGGGCUUGCGGGAGCUGCAGAGGGUGGCCGCCAUCAACGGGAAGAAGGCAGUGCGGGAUGCACUGACCAAGGAGGUCUUGCUCUCAGCCCUACAGGAGGAGCUCAGCGUGAGCCAGGCUCCCACCGGCCUAGGCACCCUGCUUUGCACGCCUGGACUGCGCCUCCGCACUUGUGCCUCCACUCUGUGCUGGUUUGCCUUUGGCUUCACCUUCUAUGGCCUGGCCUUGGACCUGCAGACCCUGGACAGCAACAUCUUCCUGUUCCAGGUCCUCAUUGGCGUCCUUGACAUUCCAGCCAAGAUAGGUUCCCUGAUGCUGCUGAGGUGUGUGGGCCGCCGCACCAUACAGGCAGCAUCUCUGGUGCUGGCAGGGCUCUGCAUCCUGGCCAACGUGCUGGUGCCCCUCGAGAUGAGGUACCUGCGUUCAGCCCUAGCCGUGCUGGGGCUUGAGUGUAUAGGUGUCGCCUUCACCUGCAUCACUAUCUACAGUGGGGAGCUCUUCCCCACUGUGCUCAGGAUGACCGCGUUGGGCCUGGGCCAGGUCGCGGCCCGCGGGGGAGCCAUGCUGGGGCCUCUGAUGCGGCUGCUGGGCAAACACCACCCCACACUGCCCCUGCUGGUGUACGGGACUGUGCCUGUGCUGAGUGGCCUGACUGCACUGCUGCUGCCCGAGACCCAGAGCCUGCCACUGCCUGAUACCAUCCAAGAUGUGCAGAACCAGGCAGUGAAGAAGGCAACAGCCCGCACCCGGAAGCAUCCUGUUGUGAAAUCCACGCAGUUUUAAUCUCCCCUCAAGAAGAACUUUCUGUCCUCUGCAGAAGGCAGGAACCCGAGGCCCAGCCCGAGGAUAGAAUGGAACCUGUACCCACAGCUGGGGCCACAUGCCUGUGUCCCACACCGCCAACCUGGGAGCCCCCAGAGGGUUGAGAUGUCCUCAGCUGCCACACAGAGCCAGCAGAGGAUCAUCGGUGGGAGGGUGGAAAGAGGGUG